AUGAAGCCGAGCAGCGAGGACGAGGCGGCGCCUGCGGGGGGCCCCUGGGAGGAGUGCUUCGAGGCGGCUGUGCAGCUGGCGCUGCGGGCGGGACAGAUCAUCAAAAAAGCCCUUUCUGAGGAAAAACGUGUCUCCACAAAAACAUCAGCUGUUGACCUCGUGACAGAAACAGAUCACCUCGUGGAAGAUUUAAUUAUUUCUGAGCUGCAGAAAAGGUUUCCUUCACACAGGUUCAUUGCGGAAGAGUCUGCAGCCGCCGGGGCCAAGUGCGUGCUUACCCCCAGCCCUACCUGGAUCGUCGACCCCAUUGACGGCACCUGCAACUUCGUGCAUAGGUUUCCCACUGUGGCAGUAAGCAUCGGAUUUGCUGUAGACCAAGAGCUCGAAUUUGGAGUGAUUUACCACUGCACAGAGGAGCGGCUGUACACGGGCCGGAGGGGCCGGGGCGCCUUCUGCAAUGGCCAGCGGCUCCAGGUCUCCGGGGAGACAGACCUCUCCAAGGCCUUAGUUCUCACGGAAAUCGGCCCCAGACGUGACCCUGACACCCUGAAAUUGUUCCUGAGCAACAUGGAGAGGUUACUUCACGCCAAAGCUCACGGGGUCCGAGUGAUCGGGAGCUCCACCUUGGCUCUCUGCUACCUGGCCUCGGGGGCCGCAGACGCCUACUACCAGUUUGGCCUGCACUGCUGGGACCUGGCCGCAGCCACAGUCAUCAUUAGAGAAGCGGGUGGCAUUGUGAUGGACACUUCAGGUGGACCUCUCGACCUCAUGUCUUGCAGAGUGGUUGCUGCGGGCACCCGGGAGAUGGCGACACUCAUAGCUCAGGCCUUACAGACCAUUAACUACGGGCGGGAUGAUGAGAAGUGAAGGGGAGCAGAGAGGGGCAGAGAAAUGCGACCCCCAGCCUGGGCCUUCCCGGGAAUGCUGGGGCUGGCGGCGAGCCCCAGGGAAGACGCUGCCUUGAGUGGCCUGCACACAUCAAGUGUCCCUGACAAGCCCCAGAGGGAGGUGUUUGGCUAACGUAUGUGGCUUUCUGGUUAAAUCCACACCUUUUACCCGGAUUCGGUGUGUAGCUGGUGUCUCUCUCUAAUCUCACAUAGCCUUUUUCAGGCUAGUGCAAGUACUUCUAUCAGAGCCAAAACCCCAGUCUCGGAUAUGGUGUAUGUAUUAAAAAUUCAGUCUCAAUUCUUUUCCUCCAGAAUGUAAAUCUCAGGUAAUAAGGCUUUAGAACUGCUGAUAAAGCGGACUUGUUCUCAGGCCCUCCCCCACAGUACUUCAGAAUGCAAUAAAUUGAAACAAUGGCA